AUGCAUGUUGUUGACGUGUCGGAGCUGGUGAUCAGCAAGAGGUCGAGAGUGUCGUCACGGUACAUUGUCUCUCUUUUUACGACUAAGGUGAAGGCGAAGAGGUUUGUCGACGGGACGUAUCCCAAAUCUAUUUUAAGAGGUCGACCAUGCCAAAUGGGAAGUAUUCGUGACGGAGUGGCGAAGAAUUUUGCCCAGAACAAAGUAGAAACUGAAAACCCAAAAAUAGCACCAAAAGGCCACUUUGUGGUGUAUGUGGGAAAAGAGAUGACAAGAUUUGUUAUUCCUACAUUGUAUUUGAAGAAUCCUUUGUUUCAACAACUGCUUGAUAAGGCUGCAGAAGAGUUCGGUUUCGACAAUAGAAGUAGAAUUACUCUUCCUUGUGAUGAAGAUACAUUCCGCAGCCUCAUGGACCGAAUUUUAUGA